UGGAUGCUUGUGACGAAUUAGAAAAUCAGUUGUAUAUUUUGUGAUCUACUCGUAGCUUUGGUGUAUGUACUUUUGAGCACGAUGAUUUUAAAAUUGUCAACUAUAGGUAUAAUGUUGUUACUGGCCUUUAAAAUGACCGACGUUGAGGGUAUAGUUGACUUGGGAGGAGGUAGUGGCAGUAAUGAUGGCAGUUGCAAUGGAGAAAAUUCUAAAUUGAAAGUAUCCAUUUCAAUUGAUAGUUUGAAUCAAGAUACCAUUACUUUCAUGAAAAAUUCAGUUCAACCAAUAUUUGAGGAGCUUUCUAGCUGCAUUUUGUGGGAUUUUAUACCGUGUUCGACAUCGUGUAUCGUUCAAGAUGUAUUGCAAUGCAAAAGUACCAUCCAAGAAUGUAGAGUAGAUGCUCUCUACGCCUGUGCUUCUAACUACUUCAAGGAUCAACCAAAUAACGCAGCUAAAUUCCUCCUUUGUAUGAUGACUAGUGAAAACCAAAUGGCAGCAGGUCAAGAGUGUGCAAAUCAAGCAGGCAUAGACUGGACUCAACUGCAAGGAUGCAAACCAUGUGAAGCAGGGCAGUUAUGUGAAAAUCGAUAUAAUUUAUUGGUUCAAAUCAAUCAACCAAACAUACCCAAAGUGAUGUUUAAUUUGAAAUAUGAUUGUGAAGUGGAGCAAAAUGCUAUUAAAAAUUUAAAGGGAACGAUAUGUGAUCAAAUAAAGCAAAACAAUAUGCAGUGUCUCGCUUGUAAUGGUAGUGGCAGUGGUGGCGGUACAGAAGGAGGAGGAAAAAAAGACGAUGGACCCAUUGAAGCACCUCCUGGCACUCCGAACUUUCAAUUCUUCGACAAUGGCAAAUAUUUCAGCUAUAAUGGGUUUCUUUUGCCCAACACUUCCGUCCAAUUGGAUUGACCCAGAUUUUUGUCUGUUCUUUGGAUGUUCCAUAGUUGUAUCCGGCAAAAGCAACGUUUUGUGAUUCAAAUACCUACCUGUACCUACAUAUAACGUUUAAUUAAAACUUCAUGCAUUUA